UUCCUGGGAGGAGAAGCGCGGGUUCCUGGCUCUGGGCGCGCUGUGCUUUCAUCAGACCGGUGUAGACUCGAGCUGGAGUGGCCGGCUGGGCCUGGAGCAAUGCGAGCCGGCCCCAGGGAGCGGCGGCGGCGGCGCGGCGGCCGAAAGAGCCCGGGCCGGGAAGUGUGGACGCGUCGCUCCCGAGGCCCGGCCGCCUCGCCCGUGCUAGUCCAGAGGAGCCGGAGCGCUUCGGACCAAUCCCCGGAGAUUAUGCAAGACAGCGGACCAAUCAGCUCUACCAGCUCAUGAAUAUUUAUGACCUUGGCUGAGUCAAAGCUUUGAAGCGAGUUUGGGGAGCUCGGCAGCAUCAUGCUUAGACUUUUCAAAGAGACAAACUCCAUUUUCUUAUGAAUGGAAAGUGAAAACCCCUGUUCCGCUUAAAUUGGGUUCCUUCCCGUCCUGAGAAACACAGAGACCCCCAAAAGGGAAGCAGAGGAGAGAGACACCCACACCCAGACCCCGCGAGAAGAGAUGACCAUGACCACCAUGCCAGAAAGUCUCAACAGCCCCGUAUCGGGCAAGGCGGUGUUUAUGGAGUUUGGGCCGCCCAACCAGCAAAUGUCUCCUUCUCCCAUGUCCCACGGGCAUUACUCCAUGCACUGUUUACACUCGGCGGGCCAUUCUCAGCCCGACGGUGCCUACAGCUCGGCCUCGUCCUUCUCCCGACCGCUGGGCUACCCUUACGUCAACUCGGUCAGCAGCCACGCGUCCAGCCCCUACAUCAGUUCGGUGCAGUCCUACCCCGGCAGCGCCAGCCUCGCCCAGAGCCGCCUGGAGGAUCCAGGGGCUGACUCUGAGAAGAGCACGGUGGUGGAAGGCGGUGAAGUUCGCUUCAAUGGCAAAGGGAAAAAGAUCCGAAAACCCAGGACGAUUUAUUCCAGUUUGCAGUUGCAGGCUUUGAACCGGAGGUUUCAGCAAACUCAGUACCUAGCUCUGCCCGAGAGGGCGGAGCUCGCGGCCUCCUUGGGACUCACGCAGACGCAGGUCAAGAUUUGGUUCCAGAACAAGCGCUCCAAGUUCAAGAAGCUGAUGAAGCAGGGCGGGGCGGCUCUGGAGGGUAGCGCGCUGGCCAACGGUCGGGCUCUGUCAGCGGGUUCCCCGCCGGUGCCACCCGGCUGGAACCCCAAUUCUUCCUCUGGGAAAGGCUCUGGAGGUAGCGCGGGCUCUUAUAUCCCCAGCUACACGUCGUGGUACCCCUCGGCGCACCAAGAAGCUAUGCAGCAGCCCCAGCUCAUGUGAGGUUGCACGCCCGCACCCACCCGCCUCCUUCCCGUCUCCCCCCAACCCGGCCCGUCUGCCUCCAGGUUCCAAGUCCAUCCAACCCCGUCUGUGCGCCCUGGGCCGGACCAGGAAGGCCCAGAGGGAGAGAAGAAGGAACAGUGAAAGCAAGGAGGCCCGCGCGGGGCUCAUCAGGCCCUGUGACUUCCCUGGGGCCCACGCCUUUACCCAAGUCCCCGCUCUGCGCAGCGCCAUUACCGAGGCCCGAGCCCUACUGCCCGCACCUCAUCCAAGAAGCAGCAAAGACACGCCUGUGACCCGGGCGCUCAGGCGCUCGCCCUGCAGAGGCGCGGAACUAUCAGGAAAAGAACAGAACAAAAAAAAGCAAAACAGAACAGUAGAAAAAGCAAAGGCUCUUUUCUGUCCUGUCCGUCUCUGUCUCCCUUCGCUCUGUAUUUGUGCGCUGACAAAGUUGAGGUCCUCGUCGUCGUCCGUCGCUGUCCUCAUUCUACGGCCUCUGCAAAGAGUCACCAGGUCGGAGGGGGACGCAGACCGCUGGGUUCCUGAUACGGAAACAUUAUUAUAUAUAUACAUAUAUAUGUAUAUAUGUAUAUAUAUAUUUUGUCCGUUUGGACCUUCUCCUGGACCUGCCUCACCGUCUGUGUAGCUCCUUCGGGAAUUGGGGGGAAUUCGAGGGAGGGGGUUUUAUUUAUUGGGAAAUGAACUGGGCCCGAGACUGAACAGUAGCCAAUUUGUGGUUCUACAGCGGGUGAGGAGAAGCUCACGGUCCACAUGUUGGGAUUCCUUGGAAAGCACCCGGAUAAAUAAGUACGGAGGACCUGGUGAUUUUUAACUUAUAUGGUGACUUUUGUAUUUUGCUGGUGUGGAGAGGUUGGAGCCGAAUGAUAUGCAUCUUUUUUAAAUGUCUCAUGUUACUUUAAAAAGAAAGAGAGAGAGAGAGAGAGAGAUGAGACUAACACAAUACCCUCAUCUCCAAAAAGAAUGUUUCCUUGCUUUGCCUGGAUAAGAAAGAAAAUCUUAAUUCCCUCCGGAGGGAGAAAGAGAAAGAAGACCCCAAAGGGCAGUGGUAAAAAAAACAGGCAGGGUGAACAAGUGCCCCUGAGCCAGAGGACUAUAAAGUAAGACAAAAGCAGCUUUACGACAACCUCCCCAGAGGCUGGACCACAGAACCAUGCCAGCUGCCGCUCGAGUGCAGUUCUCCAGCGCAGGAUGGAAUCGCUGUACAUAUUAUUGUUGUUAUUAAUUAUUAUUAUUGUUAUUAUUAUUGGUCCGUAAACAUGUUGCACAAGCUUAGCUUUUUUUUUUUCCGUUUUGUUGUGUGUGGCUGUAAAACCUGAUGCUUUGUGAAAUGAGAAUCUUGACAUUUUACUUGUGAAAUUCGGAAAAUGUGAUCAAUUGAAAUCAACUGUGUUUUGUGUUUUCUCUAUGUCAAAGUUUAGUUUUAUAUUGAGAAUGUUAACUUAUUGCUUUGUAUCUUGGGGAGGGAUGGGGAAAAAGAACUUUGUAAAUAAGUUAUAAAGUUUCUUUGAAACAGUAAAAUUAUGGUUUCGAGAAA